AGGAGAAGUGAGCAAAGCUAAAACUAACAAAGAAAGCCAAGCGCGACAGAAUGACAGAGCAGUAGCCGUAUGAAUGGUAAAUGGUAGAUGGUAAAUGGACGGAUGCGACUAAUGUGAGUUUAUUAGUUAGAUGCACACGGACUGUCGCGUUGUGAAGACGUGCUUUCUUGUGAUAGUUUACGAGUAGUGUCAUUGUUCUUUAGUAUAUCUGCGUCAAUUUGCACUAGCGUGUGUUUCGCGGUUAAUAUCAUUCACACCCGCGCACAAACGUACGUGGCAACCAGUGCAGAAGUGUCGCAGGAACGGUUUUAGUCACUCCAGUUUCAUGUCGAAUAAGAUAUGUAUUCGACUCGUGCACAAAAUAAAAAAAAAACAGUUCGUGCUAAAUAAACUUAAUUCAGCAAAGUCCAGUGUCACAUCAGAUAUUAAAAGCUAAGCAAUUUGCCCCGAAUGCAAAGUUAGUAUCAAGCCUGGUUAAAAACUUACGCUCGUUUCAGCCGCCGAAACUUCUGAAAACAGAUCAGAAAUCGUAUGUAAUUCCGGCGCACCGGAGCAGUAUAUGAAAGAGUUAAGCCACCAAGUGGUGUCGGAACCCGUGUCCACCCACAUAACCAACAAACAUAAGCACAUAUGUAUGUAUGUAUAUACACACGUGUGGAAAUGUGUGUGAUUGAGCUGGUGUUCAUCGGUGUUGCAAACAUGAAUAUGUAUGUAUGUACAGACACAUGAGCGCGCACAUACAUUUGCACGUAAGUGGAUGGAGUGGAUAGACAUGUCUCUGGGAGAGUGUGGCGGCAAAUGGCAUGUCACCCCUAUCACGUCGCAUGUUAGCAAGUGAGCGAAACGUCCUCGCCAGCCGCCUGUCAGCUGCUUAUCCAUUUCCGUCGCUAAUUCAGUCGCGCUAGCUACUUCCACCAGCACAAAAGUCGACUCCACCAACGCCACCUCCACCGAUGCGGCCGCCGCCACAAAAAAACCUAACCAAUAAACCAAAAUCAAAUUUUCAAAUUGGCAUCAAAGUGUAAAAACCGUUAGAUAAAAUUGAAUUAUCCCAAUGUAUGUGGCCACAGUCACUCGCAGGACAUCGACGUGCGCGGACGUACUCAUACUCGCACUUGCACUCAGGAAGUGCAAAAGCGAAGGACACACGGUUUUAUAGUGUAGUACAUACAUAUUUAGAUAUACAUAUUUCUCUCCAACAUCAAAUCAGUGACCGGUAACUGUUUUAUUUAACUCUCUCUCUCGCUCGCUUACAAGUGAUUCUGUGAAGUUUUCUAAUUGGAAUCGAAUUGUCGAAUUGGAAAAGGUGAAAAUUGUUGACGCGUGAUUUUAGAUUUCGCUAUUCUAUUCUAUGGGAGAAUCAAACGCGGCACCAGCGGGUGUGCAUUUUAGGUUUAGAAACAUACAUACAUAUGUAUAAUAAAAAGAAGCCAGAUUUGUGUGCAAAUAUAUACUUAGACUGAUUCCGGACAUGCCAUUUACAUAUCAACCUGUGCGAGCGUGAGUUUAUCGGGUAGCGAAAAUUCCCGUCGCUAUUCACGAACUGAAGCCGUGGCCGCAGUGACUCUUGGUGUGGAUUAACCCUGCGAUUGGCUUUAACAGAUCCUACUAAACGCCAACUCAGGAAAGAUGAGAAUUAAAAUGCCCGCCGUCAGAAUUGCGCAAGACUCAGAUGCCAUGGAAACAGACACUUCAGCGCAGGAUAUGCUGACAUGUGGAUCCUGUCAGAAAACGUUUGCUCUUUCGGAUAUAGUUAAAUUUAUACAACACAAAGUGCUACAAUGUAACAAAGAGAACUACGGCCAGUGUUCAACUCAAGCUCCAACAACCGACAGAGAUGCGGACGAUGGUCGACCUCUAAGCCUAGUUAACAGAAGACCUUCAAUAUCAGCUCCAAUCAUUAUUCGGAAAGCUUCUGGGUCUGGAUCACGCAUCCACACGCCACCUCCCAGUCCUGCGGAUCUCUUAGCCGAUGGUGCGUCCAGCACUCCCAAGCGCUUAGUAGACGAAAAUGACAACACAACGCCCAGGCAUGAAGAAACGGUGGAGAAAAAUGCGCCUUCGGAAUGCGUCAAUACUAACUUAAAUGAGUCCGAAUUAGCAGGUGAUACAGAAAAGCUUAACACUAUAAGGAUAAAGCAGGAAGUGGAGCUCUGCAAUGAUGAAACGAGUAUGAACAACGCAUUGCUUGCUAACGAUUCCAGCCAGGACAAUAACGAUGGUCAACCGAUGUCAAAACGUCCGAAAAUUGAAGUUGUUGACGCGGAAUCUAACACAUUGCACUCAGAGCCCAGUUAUUACACAUGCUGUACGUGCAAGACUCGUUACACCUCUGCUUGGCGUUUAAUUCAACAUGUGCAGCAUUCACAUGGCGUUAAAAUAUAUGUGGAAUUCCCCACGUCUUCAUCCCCACAUUCCACCAGUUCGGUUUCGGAUCCUACGUCAUCUACUUCACCGCUAAUAAUGCAUCCACACUCGGCAUCAAUGCCUGUGGUUGUAUCAGCACCGACAAUAACCUCAGCGGUAUCAACGACACAGUCUUUGCCGUCUUCAGCUUCCACAUCAUAUCUUUAUCCGCCCAUCAGUCAUCAAUCACAAAAAUCUGAUAACUCGAGUACAAACUGCAGCAUUAGUAGCAAGAGUAGCGGAAGCGGCAACGCCUCCACCAGCCUACCGGCACCAACUUGUAGUGGUCACUCAAAUGCUGUCCAACAACAGCAACAACAAAUCCAACAACAACUUCAACAACAUCGAGUAGCUGUUGCUGCUGCAGCGGCAGUUGAGCAGCAUAAGCAACAACAACAAAGCAAUCUAACAACAGCAAUGCAGAAUGCACAGAACCUAGCGGUGGCUGCAGCAGCGGGAAUGCGCCAUCAUAGUCUAUUGCCUCCUCCAGACAUGCACGCGAAUCCGUUCAAUCUGCUGAGAAUGCCCCUACCACCGUCACUGGCACAAAAUCCUGUAGUUCCUACGGUCACACCCCUGUUUUCACGGCCCCAUCCCGAUCACUAUAGAAUGGACCAACUGGUAACGGAGCAAUUUCGGCAUCAUGGCCUUAACUUAGCGGCAGCAGCAGUUGCAGCCGCCAACUCCCUUACCUCGCCGCACUCCGGUCCUUCACAAUUCAGUCAAGGGAAUGGCGCUCCUUCCAGCAACUCGAUGGAGCCCAGACCACCCUCGAACAAUAACAGCCACCGGGGCUCCGCGCCAGCCACACCUCUGCCACCGCAACCAAUAAUCAUCCCACAACAAAAUAACCCGAAUCAAGGUGGGCCUCAAGCAGGUAUGAAUCUUGAACCACAGAUGGAUUUUUACUCGCAGCGAUUGCGUCAGCUUGCCGGAACAACAAGUCCUGGGGCUGGAAAUAUUGUUAACUCGAGCUCGCCGAGUCCACGACAAAAGCAAUCGCCACACUUCGCGAGUCCAUCACCAUCCCAGCUACCUCCUACUCCAGUAACAAAUAAUACACGGCCACAUUCAUUAACUCCACCACAUAAGGGCGACUCUUCGAAUCAAGAGAACGAAAAUAUCAACUCAACGCCACGGUCAGCAUCCACACCGCCCUCGAAGCCGAUUCAAGAUAAUUCUGCGGUAUUCGCCUGCGCUUAUUGCGAGAAGAAAUUCCGAUUUGAAAAUAAUUUGAUUAUUCAUCAAAGAACACAUACCGGAGAAAAGCCGUACAAAUGCACAGCUUGUGAAUUCGAAUGCUCGCAUAUCAAUAAACUGAUGAAGCACAUGAGGGUUCAUCGCAGUCCGGAAGAUGUCGCAAGUAAUGCAGGCUCUGUGGAUUCCAACGAUGCUGAAGACUCUGAAGCUGAUGCCGAUGCUGACGCAGAAGCAGAGGGUGAGGCGGAGGUCGAUGGAGAGGAGGAUAACUUGGACGAAGACGGUAUGGAAGAAGAUGAGGAAGAUGAAGGUGAAGACGGGGAAGACAUCGAUUAUGAAGCCGAAGAUCUAAGUGUCAGCAAUCGAAUAGAUGGAAAAAGCGAAAGCCCUAAGACCACAAGUACCGGCCCUACAUCGUUGGUAGGUGAACUGAUGGAUAAGUUCGGUCUAUCGAACAUAGCUCAAUACUCUGAAGCUUACAAACAAGCAUUACAAGAAUCUGGAAAAUUCAAAUACUUAGCAAAUAAGGAUCGAGACAAUAAUAACACCAGCAAUUCGGGAAUAUCGCAGAUGUCAGAUAAAUUGAAUGGUUUCCCAGCAGCAUUACGCCUGAGGGACGAGCUUUCGAAGAACAUGUUUCAGCAGUCAUCCCAACCUGAUGCACCAAGUCAAGUGCCGCUCUUUAAUCCGUUUCAAAAUCCUUUCGAAUUGUCCAAACGUGUAAAGAUGGACAACAGCGACUGGUGGAAUAUGUCGGCAUUGCAUCGGAAUGACUCGAUUUUCGAAAAUCUUAAAAUGAAGCCUUUGGGACUGGGCUCUGCCAACUCCAUGCUGCACAACCCAAUGCUGAAAAAGGAUAAUCGCCAACGCAAUGACACGUGCGAGUUCUGCGGAAAAGUAUUUAAAAACUGCUCUAACCUGACCGUGCACCGCCGCAGCCAUACCGGCGAAAAACCAUACAAGUGCGAAUUGUGUUCCUAUGCCUGUGCGCAAAGCUCCAAACUGACCCGCCACAUGAAAACCCACGGACGCACUGGCAAAGACGUCUAUCGGUGCCGCUUCUGUGAUAUGCCCUUCAGUGUACCGUCGACUUUGGAAAAGCACAUGCGCAAGUGUGUCGUCAAUCAGGGCAAGGCAGCGGCAGCAGCUGCAAAUGCAGCCAACGCUGUUGCAGCCGCACAAGCUGCAGCUGCAGCCCAACACCUGCAAUCACAGCUGCCCACGCAAUUAUCACCUGCAAGCUCGAUCUCAUCGUUCCCACCUCAAUUUGUUGGCAUGGCCGGCAGCAACACUGGCAACAAUAUCUCACUGCCCGGCAGCAUAGGCGGAGAUAACGAAAGCAGUCUACCCACAAGCUUGCCAUCUCACCCCAUCUCGUUGAAGGAGGAGGCAUGACUUUUUCCCCAUUGGAUUGGUAUCGCCAGCAGUGGCACGGAUAGCGGCAUGAGCUACAGUCCACAUCAUCAGCAUUUACAAACGGCGCGAUUGUUGCCACCGCAGCAUCAGCAUCUUCCAUUCGAUCCCCGCCUUCACCAUCAGAACCACAGCUCGCAUCCCCUGCCUCAAAGCUCUCAGCCCCAUCAAUUAUCGACAGCAAAUCGUAUAAUGUCCCGCAUUUUUUAAUAUGAUUUAACCACUGUUAUCAGCACAUACACACGCACCCACAAAGGCAUGGAUAUGUAGUACAUAGUACUCAAAAUAAUGAACCAGAAAUUAUUAUGAAGUUUUUGUGAAUAAAGGCCCGACCCGAUGUAUACACACACACACAUACAUGCAUGUAUAUUUGUAUAUACAUAUGUAUGCGCAUACAUAUGUACAUACCAUGGUGAAUAUGUAUUGCUCUACUACGCUCUAAAUUUCGCCCCAUCUGUUUUCGAACCCAGAAAAGGGUUUUCAACUAGAAAUCCUUGCGUGCUGUCGAAGGUACCUUUAAUUAUCUUCAAUAGAGUUUUUCUUUUCUGACCACCACAUAGUUUUUUAUACAGAGAUACAACCAGAGGCAUUCGAUACCAAAGCAAUAAUCUAAAAAUAUAAAUUAAGUAUACACUAAGUCUCUCACAUGUAUUCAAAUCUGCAUACACACAUAUAUUCAUAUGAAAAUUGCGAAUGUACAUAUGUAUGUAAAUAUGUAUGCAUGAAAAUUAUACUUAGUAUUUUAGUAUUUUAUUUUAAUUUGAGGCCUUACUUGCCUUAUCUGACUUACAUACUUACAUACAUAAAUAAAUAUAAUUUAAUUAAUGUGUGAACUCCUCUGAAAUCUUUGCACUUUCGUUUUCCCCAGUGUAUAUUUAUUUUCAUGCCCAGUGAUUGUUGUAUGUACACGAUUCUUAUGUAUGUACAUAAUUGUAAUUAAAGCAAAGAAAGUAUUA